AUGAGUGAAAUUUGGUCUCUGUUUGGUUCAAAAAUUGCAAGCAUUCUUGUCAUGUGGGCUAUGAUUGAGAGGUACAUGCCUCGUUACUUUCGCGCUCUGACGGAUAGAUUCUCACGAAAGCUAGACAAAUUGUUGAACCCAUACAUUGAGAUCAAGUUCUUCGAGUAUUCAGAUGCCUACAUGAGAAGAAACGACGCCUUCUCCGCCAUCGAAAACUACCUGAGCUCGAAGUCCGCGGCCCAAGCAAGAAAGCUCACAUGCAGCGCCACAAGGAACUCUCUCGUGCUAAAAGUGGAUGACUACGAAGAAGUAAUCGACGAGUUGAAAGGCGUAAAGCUUGCUUGGAGUCUAAGGAAGAUAGUCCCGGUCGAGAAAUCUUUUUCUUCUUUCGAGAAAAGAUACUACCGUCUCACAUUUCAUGGCCGCCACCGGAAAUUCGUCACCAAAACUUACCUCAAGUAUGUUCUUGACGAAGGAAAGGCUAUUUCCAUGGGGAAGAGGCAGAGGAAGCUUUACACCAAUGGCGGUGGAGAAUAUUCGGACAAGAUUGGCAAGUGGAGUCACGUGAUUUUCGAGCACCCUGCGACGUUCGAGACGGUUGCCAUGGAUCCGGAGAAGAAGAAGGAGAUAAUUGACGAUCUUACUACUUUCAAGAACAGCAAAGAAUACUAUGCGAAGAUCGGGAAGCCUUGGAAGAGAGGCUAUUUACUUUUUGGUCCUCCAGGGACUGGAAAAUCAACACUCAUCGCUGCGAUUGCGAAUUUUCUGAGCUAUGAUGUGUAUGACAUUGAGUUAACCGCUGUGAAGAGCAAUGCAGAGCUGAGAAAGCUUCUGACUGGGAUCUCGAGCAGGUCGGUUGUUGUGAUCGAGGAUAUCGACUGCUCGCUCAAGCUGACUGGACAGAGGAAAACAGAGAAUGAAAAAGAUGAAACGGAGGAUGGUGCGGUUGGUGUUGUGAAGAAACAAGUGGAGGAAGCUAAGGAGGAGAAGAAAACCCAGGUAACACUCUCCGGGCUGCUGAAUUUCAUCGACGGGAUUUGGUCGGCUAGCGGCGGCGAGAGAGUGAUCAUAUUUACUACCAAUUAUGUGAAGAAACUCGAUCAGGCUCUGAUCCGGAGGGGCAGGAUGGACAAGCACAUUGAGCUGUCUUAUUGCGGAUUCGAGGGGUUCAAGGUCUUGGCUAGAAAUUAUUUGAACCUGGAGUCGCAUCAAGGGUUUGAGGAAAUAAGAGGCUUGCUGGAAGAGACUAAAGUGACUCCUGCUGAUAUUGCCGAGAAUUUGAUGCCUAAGUUGGGCAAUGAGGAUCCUGAGAGGUGCUUGGAGAGGUUGAUCCAAGCACUCAAGAACUCUAAGGAAGAGGCAACAAAGAAGAUUGAGAAAGAGAAAGAGACUGCAACAAUAGAGUCAAGUGGAGAGGAUUCACCAAUGGAGAUCGGAGAUGAAGUGAAGACUUCAGACCCAAAAAUGAAAAAUAAGAAAAAAGAUGCAUGA